AGAUUUUAUCUAAAAUUUAUAAUUAUUAUAAUAUAUACAGCAGGGAAAAAACAAGUUUGAUAAAUACUUGAUCAUACAUGCACUCUAGGAAGAAAAUAACUCCAGAUUGUUUGUACGGAUCUUUGUAUGCUUUCUACCAAUAAAAUCUAAACACUCCUUUUUUAUUUGCAUUACUUUUGUAUCAAAGCGACGCCAUUGCUAAUUGCACACCUUCAGGCCACAGCUUGUUCCGCAAGCGAGAUUUUGUAUAAAAAUUUUCUUUGCUCUGAUUGGCUGACGAUUCACUACCGAGACAGGAUCCACUGCUAAUUGGAUGCUCGGUAAAAUGGCGGGAAUGUGCGCGCCAGCUUAGGGAGUAAGAAAAGCGUGCAAGAGUGUGUCCCGUUACCAUGAUUGUAUAUAUAAGAAUCGAUUCCUCUAAAAAACUAAAGAGUUGAUGUAAAAAUAACGUUUGUACAAAUUGUAAACAUAAGAAUCAUGUAUAAAUUUCGGGAAAUAUAUAAGACCAAGAAAAUUUGUUCGAUUGUUUCUUUAUUUAAUUAAUUCUCCUAGAAGGCAAAAAUCAAUAUUCGAUUAUUACAACAAAAAAUUGAAUCGGAAUCGAAUAUCUCUACUCACACAUGCAAUUCAUGUAAGCCACGAAGAGAAUGACAUUGCAUGUACAUACGUAUGUAUGACGAAGCAGAAUAGAAAAUAAUGAAUAAGAGCAAGCGCGAGAGCGAAUGCGUGUAGAUUAAAGAUUAUAAUAAAGUAAGACACAAAGUAUAAAUAUAUACAUAAUUGUAAUAAAGAUAAAGUUACCAUGAAAUAUGCAGCAAGAUUUUACAUAUGUACAAAAUUACACUUGCUAAGUACACUAGGAUGAAAAGAAAUAAGUAUGUAUACUACAAUGACGUGUAUAGCGGUGAAGAUAAUAUUACAAGAAAGAGAGAGAAAGCAGUGAAAUGAAUACGAAGCAGUGACCUAACGAUUGUGUGCGAAAAAACUGGAAAAGAAUUUAUUUAAACUCUCUAUUUUUACUUAUGCUUUCAGUACUUAGCAAUCAUUUGAACAAACAGGUGAUCCGAUUCAUGUCCAUGACUUCGGCAAAAAUGACGAAUUUAAUCGCUGACAUGCCACGAGGCCCGCUGGACUCCUACAGGAAACGCGCAACAUUUAAUUGGAAGUUACUAAAACUGAACUUAGAUGGAGAAGACUACGUGGAGUUUCAGAACAAUUUAUGGGACUUCAUGCAAAAGACGCCUGCGUUCGACAGACUCACGCCGCAGACGUUGGACGAGGAGCGAAGAAUAUGUAAUGCUCGUCUUCAGGAAAUAACUGCUAAUAGCAUUGCGGAUCCAUUGAGACAUAGGCACUGGUUUAACGUGAUGUUCCAGUACGAUGCCUCAAUUCCCAUAAAAAUGGGUGUAAUGCUAGGCAUGGUACCGUCUGCAAUUUAUGCUUUAGGUACAGAAGAUCAUUACGACAUUGCGGAGAAACUACAGGAUGGUCACUACACAAGCUGUUUUGCGCUAACAGAAAUAUCUCAUGGAACAAAUGCAAAGGGCAUGAGAACCACGGCAACAUACGAUCCGCAAUUAAAAAGCUUCAUCAUGCAUACCCCAGACUUCGAGGCUGCAAAGUGUUGGGCUGGGGGUUUAGGAAAGUCUGCAACACAUGCUGUUACUUUUGCCCAAUUGAUCACGCCUGAUAAACGUAAUCACGGUCUUCACCCAUUCGUUGUACCCAUACGGGAUCCAGAUACCCAUCUUCCUUUGCCGGGUGUAACUGUUGGCGAUAUGGGCGAAAAAAUUGCUUUAAACGGCGUUGACAAUGGAUUUGUGAUGUUCGAUAAUUAUCCAGUUCCUCGGCUAUACUUAUUGAAUCGAACGGCAACUGUUACAGAGGAUGGAAAAUAUAUUAACAAAGUGAAAAACGAAAGCAAAAGAUUUGGAGCAUCGUUGGGUGCAUUAUCAUCGGGUCGUGCUACAAUUACAUCUAUAACCGCGAAUAUUGCAUCUGUUGCAAUGGUGAUUGCGAUUCGAUAUUGCGCCGUGAGGAAACAAUUUGGACCGUCGGAAUCAGAGGAAUGGCCGGUCAUAGAAUAUCCAGCACAGCAAUGGCGAUUGUUCCCUCACUUGGCAGAAAUAUACGCAAUAAAGAUCUUCUCGUCCACGUUUGUGCAUCAGAUGUCUGAGUUUCAAAUUAAUUUAACGAAUUCUAUGAACGAGGAUAAAAUUGAUACCCAAGGUAUGGAGAUACAUGCAUUAUCUUGUGCAAGUAAACCAGUCUCCUCGUGGACUUGUCGAGAUAUUAUUCAAAAUUGUCGCGAGUCCUGCGGAGGUCACGGCUAUCUAAAAAUGUCACGCUUGGGCGAAUUAAGAUCUGAAAAUGAUGCAAAUUGUACGUACGAGGGUGAAAAUAAUGUACUAAUUCAGCAAGCCAGUAAUUGGUUAUUGAACCAAUGGUCGAAUAUGCUUAAUGGAAAGACUGUUGAAUCUCCUCUUGGAACUGCAUAUUUUAUAAACGAUGCCAACAAUAUUUUAAUGCAAAAGUUUCAGCACUCGACGGUUCAAGAUACAUUAAAAAUAGAAAAUUUACUCCUAUCCUUCCAAUGGUUACUUUGCUACUACUUGGAAAGAACUUAUAAUAGGACACAAUAUUUCAAAAGCAACGGUUGCGGUGAUUUCGAAAUUAGAAAUAAUAUACAAGUGUUUUAUGCACAAACCAUGUCUCUCUUAUAUGGACAGCAUGCUAUAAUGAAAUACUUUAUCGAACGUAUUAACGAUCCUUCGUGGAGAUCUGAAGAACGUAAUGUAUUAACAAAGUUAUGCUCACUUUAUGGAGCUGUUACUUUAGAAAAAAGAUUAGGAGAUUUUUAUGCUGGUGGUUAUGCAACGUCUACGAGUAACAUGGAUAACUUGCUGCGAAAUGGCAUUAUAAUGUUGUGCGAAGAAUUAGUUGAUGAUGCUGUAACUCUAGCAGAUGUUUUAGCACCACCAGAUUUUGUCAUAAAUUCACCAUUAGGAAUGGCAGAUGGAGAAGUAUAUAAACAUAUCAAAGAGUGGAUAUUUAAGAAGAAAGAAAACUUCGAUCGGCCUACAUGGUGGAACGAAAUAACACGAUCAAAAUUGUGAUAUGUAUAUAUGUAACAAAUUUUUUAUUAUACGUAUGUAUAUUUAUAUAUA